AUGAAGGUAUCAACUGUAGCUCUUGGAUUGGUUCUGGCUGCUGCCGUGGUCUCCGCUGCGGACGAAGAACCAGUAACUGUUACUACAACUUUCUAUGGAGAAACUGACACUCAUAAAUGGGGCCGUUUUGACAAAACAAAACCAGCCUCGACUUCCACUUCGUCAGGAACUCACAAAUGGGGACGUUUCGACAAGACCAAGCCUUCUUCCGAGCCCACCAGCUCGGGCACUCACAAGUGGGGACGCUUUGAUAAGACCAAGCCAUCUUCAGAGCCUACUAGUUCAGGAACUCACAAGUGGGGACGUUUCGACAAGACCCAGCCAUCUUCGGAACCAACCACUUCUGGAACCCACAAGUGGGGACGUUUUGACAAGACGAAGCCCUCGUCUGAGCCAACCAGCUCUGGUACCCACAAAUGGGGACGUUUCGACAAGACCAAGAGUCCUGUCACUGUGACCAAGUUUGUUACCGAUUCUUCCGAAAAAGCUUACGGACUCUUCAAGGAAGGUAAAAUUAACGGUACUGCCGUCAACGGCACUGCUGGCAACGGCACUAAUGGAAGCUCGGGCUCGACCCUGGCCGGCAAUGGAGUCAGCAUGAACUCUCUUAACAUCGGAGUUGCCGGUGCGAUGGCUGCGGGAUUAUUGUUAGUUUUAUAG